CCUAGUGAUAUAAAGAAAUGGCCUGCCCUCACUUACGAUGAGAAACUGAAGGAGUUGUUAGGCAGCCCGGCACUCAACUUACCCCACGUCGAUAAAAAAAAAACAAUACCAACAAAAAAAACAUGCACCCUACAAUAAUCAUAACCGCCCUCGCCCUCGCGGCCGCGCCCGUUCUGGGCCAGACCACCACCACCCCGCCCCCGACGACGACGCCGCCCGCGGGGGCCGACACGACGGCGUGCUUGUCCAUCUUCUACUCGCUCGCCACGCAGCAGCCCAACGACCACCCGGCCGUGGAGUCGUGGUACAGCGAGCAGCAGGCGUCGCGGUCGUCGGCGCUGGCGGCGACGCCGUCGCUGUCGAGCGAGUGCAUGCCGCAGGGCUUCGUGGUGCCCACGUCGCUCUACGCGGCCGAGAGCAGCGCGCGCGCGGCGCAGGAGUCGUGGGGGUCCGCGCACGCGGCCGACAUCAGCAGCUACCUGAGCCGCUGCAGCGACUUCGCCAGGGCCCAGCAGACGUCGGCCCUGGCGAUGCUGAGCAGCCGCGUGCUGUCGCGCCAGUCGUGCCAGUCCAAGACAGCGACGCGCAGCAGGUCCGGCAGCAGCUUGGUCACGAGCACCACCGCCACCUCUAGCACCACUGGCUCCUCGACGGCGAGCGGCACGGGCGCGGCCCAGUCCGGCACGUCGAGGUCCGGGGCCGGGAGGGUUGUGGGGACGGGGGUUGUUGGCGUCGCGGCGGCUGCUGUGUUUGUUGGACUGGCGGGUUGGAUGUAGGAGGAGGGGGGAGUGAGGGUUAGGCUGUCUUGGGUUAGUGAAUGGACGGAUUGCGAAUGAGGUCAAUCAGCAUCAAGUUUUGUCUCUAGCAAGAAUAACCUAAUAUCAAAUACAUGUAAUUACCCUCAUCAACCGCAGCACAUGUUUAUAGCGCUUCUUAGCGGCACGUACUGGGGUCACACCGGCGCAGGGCCCCCCACCGACGCUAAAACAAACGCG